AUGCCCCACCGUGCUCACCCAGCCCCUCCGGUCUCUGCCGCAGGUGUCCGCUUCCCUGGUGUAGGGGUGCUGCCCGGGGUACCCACUGGUGCUGGAGUCAAGCCUAAAGGUCCAGGAGCAGGAGCCUUCGCAGGAAUCCCUGGACUGGGAGGUUUUGGAGGUCAGCAGCCCGGUGUCCCUCUGGGGUAUCCCAUCAAAGCUCCUAAGCUCCCAGGUGGCUAUGGAUUGCCCUACAGCACUGGUAAGCUGCCCUAUGGCUUCGGGCCCGGCGGGAUAGGAGCCGGCAUCGGAGCAGGAAAGGCAGGGUACCCCACCGGGACAGGGGUUGGAGCACAGGCGGCAGCAGCGAAAGCAGCAGCAAAAUAUGGAGCUGGUGUCCUGCCCGGGGCUGGCGUCGUCCCAGGCGUUGGCGGAGUGGUACCAGGUGUCGGUGUUGUCCCAGGAGCCGGAGUUGGAGGGCCGGCAGCGGCAGCGGCAGCAGCGAAGGCAGCAGCAAAGGCAGGAGCUUUCGGUCCAGGGGUGCUGCCUGGGGUUGGCGGUGUUCCAGGCCUCGUGCCCGGCGUUGGCGGUGUCCCCGGUUUGGUGCCCGGUGUUGGAGGUGUCCCCGGGGUGGCAGGAGUCGGUGCGCCAGCAGCAGCGGCAGCAGCAAAGGCAGCUAAAUAUGGAGCUGGUGUCGGUGUUCCCGGCAUUGGUGGUGUUCCUGGUGUUCCUGGCGUCCCUGGUGUCCCUGGUGUUCCUGGCGUCCCUGGUGUUCCUGGUGUCCCUGGUGUUCCUGGUGUCCCUGGUGUUGCUGGUGUCCCUGGUGUGCCCGGUGUGCCUGGUGUGGCCGGGGUUCCUGGUGUGGUGCCCGGUGUCGGAGUGGGUGGCCCAGGAGCUGCGGCGGCUGCAGCAAAGGCUGCGGCAAAAGCUGCAGCAUAUGGAGCAGGGCGCGUGCCCGGUGUCGGCGUGCCCGGAGUUGGUGUGCCCGGUGUCGGCGUGCCUGGAGUUGGUGUGCCUGGUGUUGGCGUGCCCGGUCUGGUGCCCGGUGGGGUCGCAGGCAUACCAGGAGUCGGAGUUCCAGGAGCCGCCGCUGCUGCCAAAGCAGCUGCCAAAGCAGCUAAGUUCGGAGCAGGUGGCCUGGCUCCUGGUGUAGGUGGCCUGGCUCCUGGUGUAGGUGGCCUGGCUCCUGGUGUAGGUGGUCUAGCUCCCGGUGUGGGUGGCCUUGCUCCUGGCGUAGGUGGCCUGGCUCCUGGAGUGGGUGGCCUGGCCCCCGGCAUUGGAGGUGUCCCAGGUGUUGGAGGUCCAGCUGCAGCAGCAAAAGCAGCAGCGAAGGCAGCCAAAUUUGGUGCUGGGGUCGGGGUGCCAGGUGGGGUCCCUGGCGUUGCUGGAGUGCCAGGAGUGACACCCGGUGUCGGCGGCGUGCCUGGGUUGGUGCCGGGUGUGGGGGUACCCGGUACUGGCAUCCUCCCCGGUGCAGGCAUCCCCCAAGUAGGGGUGCAGCCUGGUGCUAAACCUCCCAAAUUCGGCGUUCCUGGAGCUGGAGUCCCAGGGGUUGGCGGCAUCCCAGGUGGCCUUGGAGUCGGCGGCCUUGGACUCGGUGGUCUUGGAGUUGGUGGGCUCGGUGCUGGGAUCUUAUACCCAGGAGCUGUUGGGAAACCUCCCAAGCCAGGUUUUGGUGUUGGGGGGCUGCAGCCAGGGGCUGGAGUUCCUGGCUUUGGUGUGUCACCGAUAUUUCCAGGUGGGGUCGCCGGCCAGCUGGGAUUUGGUGGGAAGCCCCCCAAGACCUUCGGAGGAGCCCUCGGUGCCCUGGGCUUUAGAGGUGAGCGCUGCUGCCGGGUGAACCCCAUCUCGCCGGGGCCGGCUCCUGCACCCCCUGCCCUUCUCCCAGCCACCCCCCGAGGGGCUCUGGGGGUGCAGGCGGGCCAGCAGCCAAGUGCCACCAAGGUGGUGGCCAAAGGCAGUGGUGGCUCCGGCAAGGACAUGGCCAAGCUGGUGCGGCUCAGUAGAGCCUCCCCCACCGUCCUGCACGAGGCCCAGACUGAGAGCUCCAGCUCUGGCUGUGAUGAUGGGGACAUGUCACGAGGUUUAUCACAUUCAUGGACAGGGUGA